GUUCAUGUAGCGCAGGUGGAAACUUGACAGCCGCGCCAUCCCUGCCCGUGCCACUGGCUGUGAGUAUGCCACAAUCGAAGCCUUCCACUGCCGCCAUGGAGGUGUGUGUUCGCUGGAUACAAAGCAACGGUGAAGCCAACUCACUCGACUCGUCGACUCGACCACGUCCCGAGCAAAUCGAUCUGCACCACAGCGCGUUCAACCGAUGGAAGCAUGUCAAGGUGUGGCUCCGCUUUGCGUUGCAUACGUGGCACUCCCACACCAUCGCAACGAUCUCCCCGUCUCCUUCUCCCUCCAUUCCCACGUCCAAGUCAGCACCACUUUCGUCGGCGCCUGUCGACGAUGGUGUGGAGGAAGUGUACGUUUCAAUCCAAGUCCUCGGCAAAGGUGCGUUUGGCACCGUGGUGCUCAGUCGGAAAGCAUCGACCAACACCCUCGUGGCCAUCAAAAGCGUCGACAAGGCCAAGGUGUGCGCGGAAGAGUCGGCGCGGCUGCUCACGGAACGGACGGUGCUGAGCACGACCCAGCAUCCGUUUGUGAUUUCCCUCGACGCUGCGUUCGAGUCGCCGUCCCAUUACCACUUUGUGCUCGAGUACUGUCCUGGCGGGGACCUCUACGGCCUCCUGGAGCAUCAGCAUCGGCUCGACGUGCCCGUCGUCGUCUUCUACACUGCGUCCAUCUUGUCUGCGCUGCUGUACAUGCACCAAGUAUGUGGCAUCGUGUACCGCGACCUCAAGCCGGAAAACAUCCUCUUGGAUGCCAAAGGGUUCAUCCGUUUGUCCGACUUUGGCCUAGCCAAGACGCACAUGCUGCCGUCGACCAUCACGUACAGUUUCUGCGGCAGCGUCGAUUACAUGGCGCCCGAGUUGAUCGCCGGGUGCGGGUAUGGCCUCGCCGCGGACGUGUGGAGCCUCGGAUGCGUCGUGUUUGAAAUGCUCACGGGGCUGCCGCCGUUCUACACGACCGCGGGCCGCCGCGUGCUCUUCGAACGCAUCUGCAGCGGGCACGUCGUAUACCCCCCGCACAUGCCGUCGGACGCAUGCAACUUUGUCGCACAUUGUCUGCAGCUUGACCCGCUGAAACGCUGGAGCGUCAGCCAGUUGCUUGACCAUCCGUUCGUCGCGGGCAUCGAUCGGUACCAGCUCGGCAUCCACCAAGUGCCCGUGCCAUUCGUACCAGCCUUGGACCACAUGGAAGACACCCGAUAUUUCGGCGACCAGUUCAAAUGUGAGCCUGUGCCCCAUGCAAAGUUGGUACUCACCACCAAGAGAAACAAGCAGCAACUGAGUCAUGUGGAUGACGAGCAACACUUUAGCUCGUUUGACUGGUGUCGUGACUCCAAUGCGCCAACGUCCGCGGUGUAGGGAUCGAAUGAGAUACUUAUUAUAUAUUAUUAUUAUAUGGUGUUCAAGUACUUGGAGAGAGAGG